CCCCCCCCCCCCCCCCCCCCGCUCCCCUCAGUCUCACACCUACCUCUCAAUCAACCUACCCAGAGAAAACUAUGGUCUCCCAGACGUUCGAGUGGAAAGAGGGCGGUCAUAACGUCGUGCUUACUGGCGACUUUAUCGACUGGUCCCAGGACCUCGUCGCUGAGAAGGGCGAGGACGGUGUGUUUCGCGCUAAACUUGAGCGCGCUCCGGGAACAAAAAUCGUCUUCAAGUUUGUCGUCGACGGUGACUGGAGGAACGCUACAAACUACCCCACUGAGGCGGAUGAGUCGGGCAACCAAAACAACUUCUUUGUUUUCCCGGAAGACGUGAUUGUCGAUGACGUUCCCGCCCAUGUCGUCUCUGCCGGUUCCAUCCCUGACGUGAUCUCCAACAGCGCCGGUAUCGUUAUUCAGCCCCAGGAGGAACCCGUCGUCGUUCCAGAACCUACCAGCGUUGAGGCCCCCGGAGAACAUCACGCUGAAGUCGCAAAGACCGAGGAACCUGUCGUGGCAGCACCCGAGGAGGUUGCCCACCCGCACCCCGUUGACGAGCCCAGCAUCGCCACCGUCGAUGAGGUCCAGGGCCACGUGGAAACUGUGGAUUCUACCCCCGAGAAGGUCGUAGAGCGUGAGGAGCCCGUGCAACCUACGCACAUCGAAACGGAGGCCGUGCAGGACGCAGCCCCCGUCGUCGCCGCUCACGAGCCCAAAGUCAUCGACCUCGCCACCGCAGAGGUCCUCGCUCCCGCGCCCCUCCCCGUCGCUGAAACUGUGCCCGAACCCAAACUGGAGCACGUCACGACCUCCGUCAACACCACCACCUCUGCUGCCCCCAUGCUCGACACCCCCGAGAUCGAACCGUUCACCGUCCCAUUCACCACAACCUCUUCGGACGGCGCCAUCGUUGACGAGCCGGGAGAUGUGCACGUGAUCACGAAGGAGGUCAAGACGACCAUCAUUGAAGCGGAGACUAUUGAAGAGGCUGUCAAGGCGUUCGACCAGGAUGUACCCGCGACCUCCACACUGGCGGUUGAGAACCCCGUGGUUGAGUCCACCCGCGAAUCGUCCGUCGCGUCCCUGCCGGCUGUGGAACCUACCCUCGCCCUUCCCCCCGUUGAUGCCGCUCCUGCCGCUGUUCUGCAAGCCCCGGUUGAGGAAUACAAGCCGGUCGUUGAAGAACCUACCCCCGUCGUCGCGCCCACACCCGCUGCUGAAAUCAAAACCCCCGAACUUGUCCCCGAAACCCCUGCUACCGAGUCCAAACCCGCCGCUGUUGAGCCCGCCGCUGUUGAGCCCAUUGAACCCGCACAUACCACUACCGCCGCCGCCGCACCCGUCGAACCUGCAGUCCCAGCUCAGGAACCGGAAACGCCCGCCCCUGCGGCGCCUGAACGCACGACGUCGGUAGUGGAGGAGGCUAAGCUGGAAACACCCAAGCCUAGCAUUGAGACAACUCACUCCAACACGUCCGCGUCGAAGGUAACCUCCCCAUCGGCGGCGAGCCCCAGUAAGAAGCCCGGGUUCUGGAAAAAGGUACGUUCUCGGACCUAUCCUCGUAGCUCUCGAGUUUACGCCUGGAAAGCCCCCAAUCUAACAUCCCCCUCGCUCCCACCCCCCUCUCAGUUCAAGACCAUGUUCAAAUAACGCAUUCCCUCCGACCACCCAAACAUGAAUUCUCGCUCGCUUCUUCGGGACAAACCGACCACCAAAUCCAUAUCCCCAACACAUUCCCCACCCCCGUCUCACACCCUUCGAAACAACACCCAACACCCCCCAAAAAACGACUCUGUGGACCGCUAAUACCCGGCCACCCCCCUUAAUCCUCAUGGAACUCUUUCCCACUACCCCUGCUUAUUGUAUCACAAAGUACUACUCUCUCUGGGAUUCGGGUUUUGUCAAACUCGAAUCCCAUGUGGCAGUGUCCCUUUUCACCCCCCCCCCCCCCCCAAAACCUCUUUUUGUACUUUU